AUGGGAGCAACUACCACGGGUCUCAUUCUCGGUCUUGCCUCUCUGGCAAGCGCUGUUACAUAUGGAUACAACCAUGUGCCUGUCACGAAGGACUCCGAAACCGUUGCUGGUGCUUUCGCGAACGUAGAUGAUAUUCAACUCCGGUCUCCGGCUUUCCUGACACCCGAUGCCCGACUUCCAGGAUUCACCAAUGGCACUCAGGGGCCGUCUUCGCAAGACGAUUUGGAGGAAUUCCUCGAGCAACUAGUCGGACGCAACGACUACAUGACCUAUGGCACCGCCAACUUCACCUCGCAAGAGCACCGCUCAUUCCCUUACGUCCACCUCUCGGCCAGUCACAGCAGCUCCGUUCGCCGCGGCAACUCGUCAUCCAAGGUGCGCGUGUGGAUCCAGGGUGCUGUGCAUGGCAAUGAGCCCGCCGGUGACGAGACCACACAAGCCCUCCUGGGCAAAUUCGACGACGACCCCGAGUGGGCUGCCUCAAUUCUCGACAAGCUGGAGCUCGUCAUUCUACCGCGGUAUAAUCCUGACGGUGUUUUCUACUUCCAGCGCACUCUCGCGACCAACAUUGACCCUAACCGCGACCAUAUCAAACUUGCUAGCCAGCAGACGCGUGAUAUCAAACAGUUCAUGAACACUUUCAACCCGCAUGUCAUCGUUGACAUGCACGAGUACUCUGCCAGCAGGCCUUAUGGCGGGGGGAGGUACGUCCACGGUUCGGACGGUCUGUUCUCGGCGGCGAAAAACCUCAAUAUCAACGAGGAGAUCCGCAAACUCUCUGAGGAGCUCUUCGCCAAAAAUAUCGCCGACGAUAUGAAAGCCGCUGGUCUCCGCGCCGAGCCAUAUGUCACCGGCACUUCUGUAUCUAAUUCCUCAAUCGUCGCCGACUUCGCCGAGGCCGGCACGGACAGCAAGAUCGGUCGCAAUGCGAUGGGCCUGACCCAAGCUGUCGUCUUCCUUCUGGAGACGCGCGGCAUUGGGAUUGCCGAUCAAGAGUUCCAGCGUCGUACUGCCGCCGGUCUCACUAUGCUGGGUAGUAUUGUUCAGACUGCUGCCGAUAAUGCCGAGGAGGUUUUCACGACCGUCGAGGACGGCAUUGAGCGAUUCAUCAAAUCAGCCGACGAUAUCGUCGUCACGGACUACAGUGAGAUAAAGAUUCGUCCCUUCACGAUGGUCGACAAGGAGAAUGGUAGUGUCGUCCACCCGUCCGUCCGCUUCGCGUCCACGACCCCGUCCUUCGCUAAUCUCACUCGCGCCCGUCCGGAGGCCUAUCUUAUCCCCCCGGCCUGGGCCCACCUCGCCGAGCGCCUUCGAGUCGCUGGUUGCGAAGUCGAAACGCUGGAUAAGCCAUUUGAUGGGGUCGUCGAGGCGCUGACCAUCACGUCCGCCGAGAUCGAUUCCUCCUACUACGAAGGCGUGAUUCGCGUGACGGCGACGACGGAGAGCAGUGAGCGCGAGCUUAGCCUGCCAGAGGGUAGCUUCCGCGUAAGCACGAGACAAAAGAAUGCCGCGCUGGCGAUGGUGGCGCUGGAGCCGGAGAAUAUUGAUUCGUAUGUUUCAUUCAAUAUUGUGCCGGUGGAGGAAGGAGACGAGUACCCCGUCUUUAGGAUCAUGUCUUCAAAAUAG